CCACUGCUUUAGUUUGCACAAGCAGGAGGAGUUUUGCUUGAAGAUAUACUGAAACUCGAACGCCAGCCCAGCCUGGUUUGUUUGCCAGCAGGUGCUUCACAGCUGUCAACCUGAGUCGUAAGUGGCAGCUACUGUAAGUAGCUUCUGUGCACUAUGAAGAAUUUUUCAUUUCCUAUGCAGGAUAACACAUAUCAGACCGAGAGUCCUUCUCACAGAUUCCCGAGUCUGACAAAUCAGUCAGAUCCUGUUGGAAGACCAGAAAGAGAUGAACAAUUAGCUCAAGUAGAGAUUGCUGUACUGGGGAUCAUAUUUCUGACAGCAUCUGUGGGCAAUUUUAUUCUCAUACUGGUGCUGUGGCGAAGAAGAAAGAAGCUCUCUAGGAUGUAUGUGUUCAUGCUUCACCUCAGCAUUGCUGAUUUAGUGGUAGCCUUUUUUCAAGUUCUGCCUCAACUCAUAUGGGAUAUUACAGAUGUUUUCAUAGGGCCAGAUUUCUUGUGCAGAAUUAUCAAGUACCUACAAUUGCUGGGCAUGUUUGCCUCUACUUAUAUGAUAGUGGUCAUGACAGUGGACAGAUAUCAAGCAGUUUGCUACCCUAUGGUCACAUUCCAAAAGAAGAGAGCUCUCUGGAACAUCCCUAUUUUCACCAGCUGGUUUAUAGCACUGAUUCUUAGCCUACCACAGGUAUUUAUCUUUUCUAAGACUGAAAUAUCUCCAGGUAUCUUUGAAUGUUGGGGUGAAUUUAUUCAACCAUGGGGCCCAAGGGCAUAUGUGACUUGGAUUUUUGUAGUUAUAUUCUUCAUUCCCUCAGCCAUUCUUAUCACAUGCCAGGUUAAGAUUUGCAAAAUAAUCAGAAGAAAUAUAUGUGUGAAAAAACAGAAUGAAUGUGAAGCAACAAAUCAGAAGCAAGUCCUGCCAUCCCGAGCGAGCAGUGUGAACUGUAUUUCAAAGGCUAUGAUCAAGACAGUAAAAAUGACAGUGGUGACAGUUGUUGCAUAUGUGCUCUGUUGGUCACCUUUCUUCAUUGCACAGCUGUGGUCUGUGUGGUUCCCCAGUGUCGUGACUGAAGGUUCAGCAUUCACCAUUAUCAUGCUCCUUGGCAAUUUAAAUAGUUGCACCAACCCAUGGAUUUACAUGUAUUUCUGUGGCCACAUUCCAUAUUGCACAAAUAAGCAAGUGGAGAAUACCUCAGCUCAAGAGGAAUCGACCAAAUACUGCUGUCCAGCUGGCAAGAGGAAUGGAUUUCGGGCAAGUAGGAAGAGAAGGAGGUGGAUGAAGGCAGUACCAGAGCCAGACAGGAAUGGGAAGAGUCUAUGAAGUCUCUUAUAAAAAUUGCAACUGAUAUUUUUUCUUAUGUUUUCCCCCUCUCUUUAAUUAAUAGUUAUUAAUUCUACCUCACAACAAAUUCCUUGUUGGAGCAAUUCUCUAACUCAAGUGGCAGUGUUGUUAUCUGGGGUAAGAACAUCCAAGUUAUAAUCCAUACUACUGAUAGGGUAUUUGUAAUAUUCAACCAUUCACUGACUUUCUAAGACUUUCAAUCAAUUAGCUCUCAGUUAGGUUUUCCCUUGUGACUGAAUAUGAUGGUUAAUGGUGGGAUUUUUAGUUUUUCCACUUCUGUUGAUUGCAAUUAGUUACAUAGUAUAACAUGCAGUGUUGAAAGGUGGUGUAAACAGAAAUGUUGCAAGGAAUUACCUGUCACUGUACAACUGUAUUUGCAGCAAAACUCCUCCAAAGGCGUUAAUUUGCAAGAAAAAGAGGCAUUCAAAUAACGUGCGAAGAGUCAUCCAGAUCCAGAACUGACAGAAGUCACAAUUCUGCUCAGACACUGCAGUGAAGCUGUGCCAUUUGACACCACCUGCUCUGGCCUCCAAUUAAAGUUAAAAAGUGUAACUUCUACUUAUAUUUCUGCAUUGCUCAUAUAUUUGUUACUGGCUUUAUAAAUAAUUUGGUAGAACUGGUAGCUUAAAUAACAGUAGCAUAAUCUGUUCUUUAAAAGUCUGAGAGCAAUAUUAACUGACCAUAUUUCAGAUAUUUUGGUCAUGUGUUGAAUGAAAUGUCAAAACUUCUAAAAUUCAGUAAUGGUUGUUUAUUGUUUGCAAUGUUCAAACCAAUUAUAUUUUUGUCUUUUAAGUGCUUUCUUUCUGAUUUUUUUCAUUUUCUUUCCCCUGAGAUCAGUUCUGCUGUUAAGGAGAAAAAUAAAUGUUACUGUAUUAUGGUACAAGCUACAGGCUAUGGACACUUUUAGUUUCAGUCUGCCAGGAGGUAUUU